GUGACAUCAGCCCUGAGGCUGCAGGUGCCAUGGGCAACAUGAGUGCUGUGGGCACUUGGGUCAGUGGUGACACUGGAGGAGACAACCUUUUGUUUCUUUCAGUUGACACAUGCCACUGGCAGUGAUGAAUUUGCUGUACCUCCUCAUCCUGCUGGCCAUAUUCAGGCCUGCACAUGGCACCUGGGACACCUGUGGAGACACCUGUGGGCUCCGGCCCAUGGCUUCUGACUAUGGCGUGCCACAUAUUGUGGGUGGCACAGGUGCCCAGCCAGGGGCCUGGCCCUGGAUUGUCAGCAUCCAGGAUCCCAGGAAAAUAGGCACUGGUCAUACAUGUGGAGGGUCCCUCAUCAGCCCACAGUGGGUCCUCACGGCAGCCAACUGCUUCAUCCAGGCCAGGAACAUCACCAUGUGGCGCGUGCUGAUCGGGGCCACCCAGUUGACUCAGCUGGGCCCUGAGGCCCAGCUGCGCCAUAUCAAGCGGCUCCUGGUUCACCAACACUACGCUGCUUCUUCGCAGCAGAAUGAUAUUGCCUUGGUGGAAUUGGACCAGCCUGUGGAGUGCAGUGACUACAUCCAGCUUGCCUGUGUGCCCAACGCCUCUCUUACAGUGUCAGAGCUGAAAACUUGCUACAUUGCUGGUUGGAGUUCCACCAGUACAAAAGCUCAGGGAUCAGGUGAUGUCCUGCAGGAGGCCAAGGUCCGUCUCCUUGAUACCCAGCUUGUUAACAGCAGCCGAUGGUAUGCUGGGACCAUCCACACCCACAACCUAUGUGCUGGCUACCCACAGGGCGGCAUCGACACCUGUCAGGGUGACAGCGGAGGUCCUCUGGUGUGCAAAGAUAACAGUGCCAACUACUUCUGGCUUGUUGGAGUGACCAGCUGGGGAAAAGGCUGUGCCAGAGCAAAACGGCCAGGAGUCUACACCUCCACUCAGCACUUCUACGACUGGAUCCUGGUCCAGAUGGGCCUGUGCUCAACUGUAACAGCCACUCCAACACCAGAGGCAGCCAUCAGCUCAACCCCUUUUCAGCGGCCAAGGCCAAUACCAACACAAUCAGGCUGCUUUACGCCCACUCCACAUCCACAAACACCUGUAACAGCCACUCCAACACCAGAGCCAGCCUUCAUUUCUACCCCUUUCCAGCAGCCAAGGCCAAUACCAACGCAAUCGGACUGGUUUACACCCACUCCACAUCCAUGUCCAGCUGUAACAGCUACUCCAGUGCCAGAGCCAGUCUUCAGCUCAACCCCCUUUCAGUGGCCAAGGCCAACACCAACACAAUCAGGCUGGUUUACACCUGCUCCACAUCCAUACCAGAUACUGGUGCAAUUCUUAACUCGGGUACAUGAGAUCCUACAAGACCUAAUGGGAAAAAAGACUUAGUAGCAGGAUGAACAGGAUCCUGUGCAGGCUGCAGCGGACCACAACCACUUCCUUGGGGCGGUGCCUGUUGACCCAAAGGCAGCCUCAGGGUCAAAGGCCUGCUGUGUCCUGCCUGUGUUCCUCCUCUGCGUGCAUGCAAAUGCUGAAGUUGACUUAGUUGUGGAAAUAAAGUUUCCUAU